AUGGGGCGCAAUAUUGAGCGAAUGCUGGACCCAAGAAUUCAGUAUGCUAGGUGUUUGUAUUGGGGGAUAGUGUUCUUAUUUUGUACCCCUCCUUGGAUAUGGAUAACCUUAUCCUUUGCAGAUCAAUCUUCAAUUAAGUUUUCCAUCCAAGAAUUUCACAUAGCCGGAGUUGAAAGUAGUGAUGGAUCCAACUUGAACCAGUCCAUCAUCUACUUCAAACUUAACCUUGAGAAUGAUUAUGAGGAAUUGGGAAUUUAUUACGAUAAUCUCAACCUCACUUUCUCCUAUACAACUCAAGGUGACAUUGUCCCAUUAGCCAACUACACCAUACCAGGGUUUCGCCAGGGCAGAGACGCGGAGACGGAUCGAGAAGGUUAUGUGGUCACGACUCGGGGGAUUACAUUGCAAGAAAUUUCCAACGUGUCAGUUUCGUCGAAUGUUGAUUUCAGGGUGGAUUUGGCAACUGCAGUGAGGUUCAGGCACUAUAUUGCGGGGAUUAAAAGCAAGAGACUUCAGACAAUGGCCUGGUGUAACGUGGAGGUUGAUCGAAUUACUGGAAAGAAAAAGAAUAACAACGCUAUUGAGCUCCAGCAUGUGGUUAUACGGCAUCCUAGUGCCUGGAUUAGCUUUGCUUAUAUCAUCGCGAAUUUAAGUACUCUUGUACUAGUAUGUUGCCUGGUUUUCAUAUGCUUUGGGGUUUGCGAUCGACUAUUGCAAGGGUAA